AUGAUUUGCUCAGAAAAUUGCCAAUAUCCAUGGUAAUGCAUGAUUUGCGAUAGGGUUAGCGAUUAUUUCAUAAAAUAAUGCCCAGGCUGUCAAACCCCUAAAGAAUAGUUUUGUAGAUCGAUGAAUACCAAUUGUAUUAUUUUAUGUAUCAAUUAAGAUGAGUUAAACUAUUAAGAACAAUUUUAGACAAUUGGAAUAAUCGAAAUGGAAUGCAAUUAGGAUAGACACAAACAGGAAAUCAUCAAAUUGAAAAUCUCUAAAAUUUCGACAAAAGAGAUUGAUGAUAAUGAGUACUUUAAGAAAGAAUUCAUAAUCAGACCUCUGACUGUUCCUCAAAUUCAAAGUCCAUAAUUUUAGUCUGUAACAUAAGAAUAAGCUAAUGACGGAGUUUUAUUUGAAAGUACCUUUCAAUACUUGAACGAUAUGGAUUUAGUCAUUUUUGAAAAUAGAGCCAAAGCCCAAAUGUUUUUGAAUGCUUCGAAAUAAAACAAUCUUUAAUGUCCAAUCAAACAAUACAUUGAAUUAAAAAGUGUUUUCCCAUUUCAAAAACCAUAGUUAACUAUGAAUGAUAUGUUGAGAUGGCUUAAAAUUCCAUUUUCAUCUUAAUAAUUUGCAUUGACAUCAGUAGUUAUAGAAUUGUUGAAAAGGUCAUAUACAUUCUAAACUUAGAUGUUAUAACAAUUGUAAUUUCCAAUUCCUGAAGAAUAGUAUAGAUUGUAAGGGUUUACAAAUUUAAUUCUAUUUGAUAUUUAAGUGUCUUGUAUUGAAGAUAAUAGAUAAAAUUACAAUCAAGAAAUUAUUGAGAUAUCAGCUAAAGUUUAUGAUAUUGAUUAGAGAAAAAUAGUUCGAAACUUCUAAAAGUAUAUAAAACCUGUUGACAAUCCUAUCAUUAGUGAAUUUUGUACUAAACAAACAGGAAUUAAACAGUUUUAAAUUAACAAUGGAAUUUCUCUUUAAUAAGCUAUAAAUUAAUUGACUGAUAUCUUUAAGGAGUUAGGAAGAUUUUGUAUAAUCACAAAAGGGGACUUUGAUUUACUGAUUUUGAAGAAGGAAGCAUAAAGAAAAAAUAUCAAACUUGUUAGAAAUUUUACUUACUAUAUCAAUAUUAAGAAAGUAUUUCCAAAAUCUUUAAGAUCUAAGACUUCUUUAAAAGAUCCCAGUAUGACUGAGAUGCUAGAAUGUUGUGGAUUACUGCAGUAUGACAAUCAUGAAAGCGAGACUGCUAAAGUAGAUGACCUUGCUAAUUUGGUUGACUAUCUGAUAUUUAAUGAAAACGUAAGAUUUGAUGAAAAAAUGUUAUAAUAUACAUGUAAAAUUUGA